CUGCCGGCGAGUGAUGAUGUAGCAUUGGGAGUAGAAAGCACAUUCUGAUCGUGCACCACUCAAUGAGCAUUAAGUUUGACGAAAUUCACUAUAGAGGCACGUUUUAAUUUCAGCUUGAUGCCGAAGUACAUGUGAUGAAGUUUGUAGCAGCGGCGUUCGCUGGUGACAUCGUGGAGAAUUUGGCACUCCUGCCCUUGGGCAUGAUGCAGUGAGCUUGCCAGACGUACGACUCGCACUCGGGAUGAAGGUGCUGCGGCUGAAGGUGCACUACAUUGUUGUUGCACUGGCCGUGGCGCUAAUAGGCCUCUGUUUGCUGCAUCAAGUUGCUCUGCUCGUCGACAAUUAUGGAUCGCUGUUGUACCUUGAGACGUUCUUACCGCGGCCUCCUCUUCCUCACCAACGCCGAGAAAAUGACGCUCCACGCAUUCUCCCAGAUACUCUAAGACCGGAUUCCUCCCAUCCUCUGCUAGUCGAUAACCACGAACACGGAUUUUCAAGUACGACUCUAAAGUCGGAGAUCAAGAGAAGAUCCUCGAACAAAUCCGUGAGAUCAAACACCGAUGCGAGCAGGUCGCGGAUUUUGUGUAUGGUUGUGACGUCGCCUCAGCAUCAUCAGAGUCGCGCGGUUCACGUCAAAGAGACCUGGGCUCGACGCUGCGAUCGCGUCGUGUUCCUCAGCAGCGAACCCGAGUCGUGCUUAGGGGAGGUGGUCGUGGUGCCCCAGGCUGCCGAGUACGAUAAACUGUGGGAGAAAGUUGUUGCGGGUAUUGAGUGGUCAGCGGAACACGUGAAUGACUUCGAGUGGCUCGUUAAAACUGACGACGACUCGUUCCUGCUCGUCGAGAACCUUCGUCACCUCCUGCGGGACUACGACCAUGAACAGCUCUACGCAACCGGCUUGUUCCUCAAGGAGUGGGAGACGAACGAGCCGUACCUCAACGGAGGGGCAGGCUACGCCUUGAGUCGCGCAGCCCUCAGUGCGGUGUCUGCCGCGGUCCAGACGGGGGGCCGGUGCACCGCUGACGGGGGCCUGACAGUCACCUCCGCCGAGGACCUCAACAUGGCCGCCUGCUUCAGGGCUCUUGGCGUGAAGCUGAUCGACUCCCGCGACGCGUGGGCGCACCAGCGCUUCAACGUAUACCCUCCGCAGACGGUGAUCGACCCGAGGAGGUCCACUGACUGGGCCCAGCUCUGGCUCAAGAAAAUCGCCUAUCACCCCUACAAAUUCGGCUAUGCUGAAAUGAGCAGUGACGUGAUAAGCUUCCACUACGUCGAUGCAGAGACGAUGUACCUCCUCUACUAUCUGCUCUACAUCGUCAACCCUCGUCUACACGACCACGACGAGUCGUCUGCUUUAACACGACGACCAAAACGCAGCGACUAUACAAUUUCCAGCAGCGCUCCAUCUAAACAUUUAGUCUCACACUUGACAAAACUUGCUAAUGAUUCAUUCGUAGAUGGAUACAAAUCCAUCACAAAUAAAGGAAAGUCUUAUUAUGGUGUGGUGCAGAGCAGAAUGAGUUUCUCGUACAAGAAUCCCAGUGAAGCGUUCGAGCCAAAAGCUGUUCUUAGAAAACCAAACAUCCUUCAUAUUGGACCCAAGAACGUUAGCAACUCUAGGCCGAAUGGUGCGGUCGGUCUUGCUUAACUCGUCAUCCCUGACUGAUUUAUUACUUAUUAUGUCAUUUUUAAUUUAACUUAGUCUUAUUUCAGUCAUGGUUAUCAUUUCUUCUACUAUAAUUUUAAGCGUGAGUCCAUUGAUAAGAAUCUCAUGGUGCGGUGAACGAUGGUGUCAUUUAAGGUGUUGAUCUCAACCCGAUAUUACCACUAAUAUUUUGCCAGAUAUUAUUAUGUAUGAUGAUUGAUCUGAAUAUUUUUGGGGAUAUUAGUUAAUUUCAGUCAAUUCUCUUCAAUAAUACAUAGUUUCUUAGAGACAGAAUAACUAAUAGUGUGUGUCGAUUUAUUUACAUUAUGCCAGAUAUUGUUAUGAG